GAUUGGCCCAGCGGCAGCUGGCGAGGCGGCGCCCCCUGGUGGCCUCGCUCAGUGCCGGGCCCAGGCAUGGCGGCGCCCGGUCCCGGCGCCCACGGCUACGGCUGCGCCUGCCCCUGCUCCGCGCCCGGCGCCUGCCAGAGCCUGGCCGAGAUGGACUUCCAGCGGGGGCUGUGGGGGGCGGCGCUGGACGGGGACCUGGGCCGCGUGCGGGCGCUGCUGGACAAGGGCGCGGAACCCGGGCAGCCCGACAGCGCCGGCUACACCGCCCUGCACUACGCCAGCCGGGCCGGGCACGGCGCCGUGUGCCGCCUGCUGCUGCAGCGCGGGGCCCCCGUGGACGCGGCCACGCGCGGGGGCGCCACGGCCCUGCACCGCGCCAGCUCCUGCGGGCACCUGGCCGUGGCGCGGCUGCUGCUGAGCCACGGCGCCGACCCCGCCCGCGCCGACUCCGACGGCAUGAGCAGCCUGCACAAGGCCGCGGCGCAAGGCCACGAGGAGCUGUGCGCCCUGCUGCUGCAGCACAGCCCGGACCUGCGCAGCGCCCGCGACGCCCGCUCCAGGACCCCGCGCGACUUGGCGCCGCCCCGCGCAGCCCUGCAGCAUCUGCUGGCACCGUGACGCCCGCCUGGGCCCGGGCCCUGCCGUGGAUGCCGCAGACAGCCCGACCCCACGGCCCGUGCCCUGCCCUCCGGACUGCGGCCUGGCCCUGGCCUUAUGGAGGUGUGAGAGGCGGUGAAGCCACAGCAGCCAUGGUGGUUGUGGACACCAGGCCUACUGUGCUCAACCGGAGAAGCCGUGUUGCUUGUGGGCACAAGGGGGCUUGGCCUGCUAAUGCACCCAUAUCGGGUGUGGGCACAGGGGCCAGACCUGCUGAGGGGGGUGAAGCUGCAGCAGCCAUAUUGCUUGUGGCUAUGGGGGACUGGCACUGCUGUACCCCCCCACACUGUCAGUGAAAGCCCUGCUGAGCCCA